AUGCACUCAGGGGCCUUAGAGAGUCCUGACUUAGCAGCAAUUGGGUUUUCUCAAGCCAGGUGGAAGCUAAACCCCAAGGAGCUGAAAAAAGAAGACGCUCGCUAUGGCUCCAGCCCCCUGGCUAUGCUAACGGCCACCUGCAAUAAAUUUGGAGGCUCCAGCCCAAUCCGGGAUUCGGCCACGCCUGGGAAAGCGGGGAACCCUUUGGGGAAGAAACUGUACCAGCUGGGAGCUGAGCAGUCCAGCCCCAAGCCCCGCAGCUCCGAGGUCAUGGGAGAUUCCUACACGGCCGCCUUCCCCAGUGGGAACGGGCUGAUGUCCCCCUCGGCCAGCCCGCAAGCCUCCACCACCUACGGCAACGACUACAGCCCCUUCUCUCACUCCUUUCCAGCUUCCUCCGGCUCUCAGGACCCCUCAUCUCUCCUAGUGUCCAAGGGGCACCCCUCGGCUGAGUGCCUUCCCAGCGUCUACACCUCCUUGGAUAUGGCGCACCCUUACGGCUCCUGGUACAAAGCCGGGAUCCAUCCUGGGAUCUCCAGCAGCUCCAGCAAUGCCACAGCCUCCUGGUGGGACGUGCACUCCAAUACCAACUGGCUGAGUGCCCAGCCCCAGUCGGACGGCCUCCAGGGCUCCCUUCAGCCUGUGCCGGCCCAGACAUCCCUGAGCCCUCAGCUGCCAAGCUACAGCUCUGACUUCACCACCUUGAACCCUGCCCCAUACCCGGCCGUGGGCAUCACCUCCUCCUCUCACCUCCUCCCUUCUGGCCAACACAUGCUGUCCCAGGAGAUGUACAAGCCCAAGCCCGUGGCCAACAACUCCCUGAUGGAAGGUGGGAUUGGACUGAAGGCCCCGCGUGGCGGCACCUUCAGCAGCACCACCGGUCGCUCGACGUGCGAUUGCCCCAACUGCCAGGAGUUGGAGCGGCUUGGGGCCUCAGCCGCCAGCCUGCGGAAGAAGCCCAUCCACAGCUGCCACAUCCCAGGCUGCGGGAAGGUCUAUGGCAAGGCCUCUCACCUCAAGGCCCACCUGCGGUGGCACACGGGAGAGCGUCCCUUCGUCUGCAACUGGCUCUUCUGUGGCAAGCGCUUCACCCGCUCAGACGAGCUGGAGCGUCACGUCCGCACCCACACCCGGGAGAAAAAGUUCACCUGCCUGCUCUGCAACAAGAGGUUCACCCGCAGCGACCACCUCAGCAAGCACCAGAAGACCCACACCGAGAUGGGGGCAGCCAAGCCCAUCGAGGGCGAAGCCGAGAGGGAGGAGACGGCCACUGGCGGUGGCUCUCCAGGCGCGGCCUUGCAGGACGGGCUCGCCAGCGACGACAAAGACACCACCAGCCCUGAGCAAAGCAGCUUGUUGGAGAUCUAAGCUGGGGUGGAGCUUCUCCUCCAGCCUCCUCUUCUUCUUCCUCCUGUUUAGUUCCUCCUCUCACUGAGAUAAUUUAUUUCCUGGGGGGAAGUGGCGGCUCAGAUGCAGACACCUCCUGGGUUCUUGGACAGGAUUCUCUUGGAACCCAUGCUUUCUGCUCCACCCAGGCAUGGGAGAGUUAAAUGACGGUGAUGCAAAGUCACGUGGAGCAGGGGCUGGGAUUUGAACCUAGUCCCCAGGUCACGUUGUGUUCUUUGCCGUGAAUAGGCCUACGGAGCCUUUUGUCCUACCUGGCCGGGAUCGCUCACAAAGCCACUGGCACCGUCUUCCUGAGGAGUUACUCAAGGUUGACCAAGGUGUGUGUGGGAGGGAUCAUCUCCCAGUUGGGGCAACCCAGUGAAGGCUUGAUCCUGGGCUCUGGGAACCUCAUCCUGCAAAGCCGAUGGGACUACUCAUGAAUCUGGUGUUCAGCGGGUGCAUGGAUGGAUUGGGGCCCUGGAACUCAGCCCCUACCAGGAUCUGGCCCUAAAUGGUGCAUCAGAACCUUUGCCCUCAGGUCAGAGGGGGCAGGGGAGGAUACAAAUAACCCAUGUCGUCCUCC